UAACAACAAUUUUUCUUUUCCUUCCCCGUAUCAUUACUUGAUCUUCUUCUUCUUCCCUGUUCAGACAGAGAGAUCUUAAAUACACUUUUCAGAAUCAGAAUCAUAGUCAAAACCGUAAAUUCUUCUCUCAUUACCUCAAUCAGAAGGAAAAAAUGCUGAAAAACUGGCGGGAAAUAUUCGAAUCUCUGGUUAGAUCUGACAAGAGUGAAACUAAAUCAAGAAGAAUCUGAAUCUUUUGAUUGUAGAAUUUAAAACUAUGGCGAAUUUAGGAGCAGCCUUAACAGGAGGAGGAGAUGAUUUAGCAAGACAAAUGAGCAGAUCAUCAAUAGGAGGAGAUAGAAGAAGUUGGACAGAACAAGAAAAUAUAGAUGGGGGAGGAUUUCAUAGUAUAAUAAUAAACAAUCACGAAGAAGAUGAAGAGGAAUUAAAAUGGGCAGCUAUAGAGAGAUUACCAACUUACGAUAGAGUUAGAAAAUCUGUUUUAUCAUCAGUCAUGGAUAAUGGUAAAAUACGUUAUUCUGAAGUGGAUGUUGCUAAAUUAGGAGCACAUGAUAAGAAACAAUUAAUGAGUGGUAUACUUAAAGUUGUGGAAGAAGAUAAUGAAAAAUUUCUUCAGAGAUUGAGGAAUCGAGUCGAUAGGGUAGGAAUUGAAAUUCCUAAAAUUGAAGUACGAUUUGAGAAUCUGUCAGUGGAGGGGGAUGCGUUUGUUGCAAGUAGAGCACUUCCGACUUUGUUCAAUGCUACUUUGAAUGUUUUUGAGACGAUUUUUGGUUGUAUUCGAUGUGCACCAUCCAAGAAGCGAGUGAACAAGAUACUCUGGGAAUUGAAUGGAGUCUUAAAACCUUCCAGAUUGACAUUGCUGCUUGGACCUCCGGCGUCAGGAAAAACUACAUUCUUGCAAGCACUAGCAGGAAAGCUUGAUAAAAGUCUACGGGUAACUGGAAAAGUCACCUACUGCGGACAUGAAUUAUCGGAAUUCAUCCCUCAAAGAACCUCCGCAUAUAUUAGUCAACAAGAUCUUCAUAAUGAACAAAUGACAGUAAGGGAAACAUUGGAUUUCUCUGGACGCUGCUUUGGAGUUGGUCCCAGAUUCGACAUGUUGGCAGAGUUGUCAAGACGAGAAAAAGAGGCGGGGAUAAAGCCAGAUCCUGAGAUCGAUGCAUUCAUGAAGGCAACAGCCGUGGAAGGACAGGAGAGCAGUUUAGUCACAGAUUAUGUUCUUAAGAUACUUGGGCUGGAUAUUUGUGCUGAUACAAUGGUGGGUGGCGCCAUGGCGAGGGGUAUCUCUGGUGGACAGAAGAAGCGUGUGACAACUGGAGAGAUGUUGGUCGGUACAGCAAAAGCACUCUUCAUGGAUGAAAUAUCAACCGGGCUAGACAGUUCGACCACCUUUCAAAUUAUUAAGUUUAUGAAACAAAUGGUACAUGAGGUGGAUGCGACUAUGAUCAUCUCUCUUUUACAACCUGCUCCAGAAACAUUUGAGCUUUUUGAUGACAUUGUCCUAAUUUCUGGGGGUGAGAUUAUUUACCAAGGACCCCGUGAAAAUGUUCUGGAGUUCUUUGAAAGCAUGGGAUUCAAAUGCCCUGAAAGGAAAGGAGUCGCCGAUUUUCUGCAAGAGGUAAUUUCGAAGAAGGACCAAGAGCAAUAUUGGUCCAAUACGAAUGAGCCUUACAGAUACAUCUCAGUAUCUGAGUUUGUGAACUCUUUCAAAAGUUUUCACAUAGGUAAACAACUAAAAGAGGAACUCGGAAUUCCUUACGACAAAUCUAGAACACAUCCUGCUGCAUUAGUAAAGACAAAGUAUGGUAUUUCCAACAGGGAACUCUUUAAGGCAUGCUUCUCGAGGGAAUGGUUGUUGAUGAAGCGCAGGUCUUUCCUGUACAUUUUCAAAACUUGCCAGAUAACGUUUAUGUCAAUCAUUACAUUAACCAUGUUCUUCAGAACGGAGAUGACUCCUGGUACAAUAUCUGGGGGAGGGAAGUAUCUUGGAGCCCUGUUUUUCAGUCUGAUUCAAGUGAUGUUUAACGGGAUGGCUGAGCUCGCUAUGACGGUAUUCAGUCUGCCUGUGUUCUAUAAGCAGAGAGAUUUCCUGUUUUAUCCUGCAUGGGCUUAUGCUUUACCAAUCUGGGUCCUCAGAAUCCCUCUCUCCUUCAUGGAAUCUGCAAUAUGGAUCAUUCUUACGUACUACACAAUUGGGUUUGCACCUGCAGCCAGUAGAUUCUUCCGACAGUUCUUGACGUUCUUUAGUAUCCAUCAGAUGGCUUUAUCUCUUUUUCGUUUCAUAGCAGCACUUGGACGAACCACAGUGGUUGCGAACAUACUCGGAUCCUUCACUUUAUUAUUGGUUUUUGUGCUUGGAGGAUACGUUAUAUCCAAAGAUGAUCUUCAGCCAUGGAUGAGUUGGAUUUACUUUCUUUCUCCUAUGAUGUACGGCCAAAAUGCCAUUGCCAUAAACGAGUUUCUUGAUGAAAGAUGGGACAAGCCUUCACAUAAUCCGGUCACUGGUCAAUCCACGGUCGGGAAGGCCCUUCUGAAGUCCAGAGGCAUGUUUUUGACAGACAAUUGGUUUUGGAUUUGUGUUGGGGCACUACUUGCGUUUUCUGUUCUCUUUAAUGUUCUUUUCAUGCUUGCACUCACUUAUUUAAGCCCUUUUGGUGAGUCUAAAGCUUUGAUCGAAGAUGAGGAUUACAGUGAGAAGUCGAAGAACAUCCGAGUACAGGAGACUAGUGGUUCAAAUGUAACAGAACCAAAAAAAGGAAUGAUUCUGCCUUUCCAGCCUCUUUCCCUUUCAUUCAACCAUGUAAAUUACUAUGUCGACAUGCCUGCUGAAAUGAAAUCCCAAGGAAUCGAAGAAACUCGGCUCCAGUUGUUAAGAGAUGUUAGCGGGGCUUUCAGACCAGCAGUAUUGACAGCAUUAAUGGGUGUUAGUGGUGCUGGAAAAACUACCUUGAUGGAUGUUCUAGCAGGAAGGAAAACUGGAGGGUACAUUGAAGGAGAAAUUAACAUAUCUGGAUAUCCAAAGAACCAAGCAACAUUUGCUCGAGUUAGUGGUUACUGUGAACAAAAUGAUAUCCAUUCACCUCGUGUCACAGUUUAUGAAUCUCUUUUGUACUCAGCCUGGCUUCGUCUCUCUGCUGAUGUUAAAAAGGAGGAACGAAUGAUGUUUGUCGACGAAGUUAUGGAUUUGGUUGAGCUUCAUCCGUUGAGAAAUUCUCUAGUUGGUAAGCCUGAAGAAGAUGGUCUUUCAACUGAACAGAGAAAGAGACUCACUAUAGCCGUAGAGUUGGUAGCUAAUCCAUCAAUCAUUUUCAUGGACGAGCCAACAUCAGGUCUUGAUGCAAGGGCUGCUGCAAUUGUCAUGCGAGCCGUGAGAAACACGGUAGAUACAGGGAGAACCGUUGUCUGCACUAUUCAUCAACCCAGUAUUGAUAUCUUCGAAGCAUUUGAUGAGCUUUUACUGAUGAAAAGAGGAGGGCAAGUUACAUAUGCUGGACCACUUGGUGCUUGUUCUCAUAAGCUUGUAGAAUACUUUCAGUCUGUUCCGGGGGUUCAAAAGAUUAGGUAUGGAUAUAAUCCUGCUGCAUGGAUGCUUGAUGUUAGUUCUGCUUCUGUAGAGGCUCAGCUUGACGUUGAUUUUGCUGAAGUUUAUGCUAAUUCCACCCUCUAUCAGAGAAACCGAGAGCUUAUCAAAGAUUUGAGCACUCCUGCACCAGGUUCCCAAGACCUUCACUUCCCCACAGAGUAUUCCCAAGACUUUAUUACCCAAUGCAAAGCAUGUUUCUGGAAACAACGUUGGUCAUACUGGAGGAACCCAAAAUAUAAUGCAGUCCGGUUGUUCACAACUACAGUCAUUGGUAUUCUAUUCGGUGUCAUCUUUAAGGAUAAAGGGGACAAAACGUCUAAACAACAAGACCUUCAGAAUUUGCUUGGAGCUAUGUAUUCAUCUACUCUUUUUCUUGGAGCGGGUAAUGCUAAUUCUGUGCAGCCUGUUGUUGCAGUUGAGAGAACAGUAUUCUACCGUGAAAAAGCUGCGGGAAUGUACUCCGCAUUGCCCUACGCAUUUGCACAGGUGGCUAUCGAGGUGAUUUAUGUUUUUGUCCAGACUUUGGUGUACUCUCUUAUCCUUUUCUCUAUGAUUGGAUUCCCUUGGAGCGUAGCCAAAUUCUUGUACUUCUUCUACUUCAUGUUCAUGUGCUUUAUCUACUUUACAAUGUACGGCAUGAUGUGCGUAGCACUGACUCCAUCCCCCCAAACUGCUACCAUCACUAUGUCCUUCUUCUCAAGUUUAUGGAAUUUAUUCUCUGGUUUCCUCCUCCCUAGACCGCAAAUGCCCAUAUGGUGGAGGUGGUACUACUGGGGUUCACCUGUUGCUUGGACUCUUUACGGUCUCGUGGCAUCUCAGGUUGGCGACAAGACUAAUGAAUUGCUAGUUCCAGGGUUGUUAAUUAAUCCAACAGUAAAAAGUUUCCUGAAGGAUCAUUUCGGUUAUGAGUAUGACUUCCUUAAGUGGGUUGUUUUAGCUCAUAUAGGGUUCGUCCUUGCCUUCUUCUUUGUCUUUGCAUAUGGAAUCAAGAAAUUGAACUUCCAAAGAAGAUGAUGUAUGAAAGCUCGGGUUCGGUAGUUACUUAGAUUCCAAGAUUUGUGAAGUAGAUUGAUUAGUACCGCUGUACCACUAGGAAAAAGUAUCCAAGUGUAGAUACCCCCAUGCUUUAAUAGUGACUAGUGAAGGGUGAUAGAUAUGUGUGCAAGCUACUGUACUGAGCGGACAUGUUAAUCACCCUUGAACAAGAAACUUGUCCAGAUCUGUAUGCAAGCAACUAGGAAAAUGAUAAAGUUCAAAUUUGACCACAUCGUUUGAUCAAGUGCCUGAAAAUAUGACCACACCGCUCUGACGACGUGAGUUGUUUUCUAUCAUUUUUGUUCAUGUAAACGUAAUUGCCUGGAGUAAUAAAGGCUGGUUUGGAAUAAA